CUUAACUAAACUACAAGACUCGUCUAGUGUUAUUAGCACUUUGUCAGAGAGAAAAUGGAGGAGCAAAUUAUGAAGAUUAAGUCUUUGUUCAUUUAUCCAAUCAAAUCUUGUCGUGGAAUCUCUGUCCCUCAGGCAACUGUAACUCAAACUGGAUUUCAAUGGGACCGAUACUGGCUGGAAGUGAACUACAAAGGAAGAACUUACACUCAAAAAUUUGAGCCUAAGCUUGCUCUUGUUGAAUCUGAGCUUCCUAAGGAGUCUUUCUUGGAAGACUGGGAGCCAACAGAGAAUUCGUUUUUGGUGGUAAGAGCUCCUGGCAUGAGUCCUUUAAAGAUACCAUUGACUAAACCAAGCUCGGUCGCACAAGGUGUGUCCAUGUGGGAAUGGUCUGGCUCUGCGUUUGAUGAAGGAGAAGAGGCUGCUAAAUGGUUUUCAGAUUAUCUUGAAAAACAAAGCCGUUUGGUUCGGUUUAAUAAAGAAACAAAAUCUAGACCUUCACUUCCCGAGUAUGCAGCUGGCUACACUACCACAUUUGCUAAUACAUUUCCAUUUAUGGUUUCCUCACAGGCUUCUCUGGACAUGCUGAAUACAAUUCUUACAGAACCAGUGCGUAUUAACCAUUUUAGACCCAACAUUCUUGUGAAGAAUUGUGUUCCUUUUGGUGAAGAUCAUUGGUAUGAGAUCAAGAUAAAUGAUUUAGUCUUCCAAGGAGUUAGGCUAUGCAGCCGCUGCAAGGUGAAUAUGACGUGGGAAAUACUCGGAUUUGUUGUGAAUAAAAGUUGUAACUUGUGUGUUAUUAUUAUACAUAUCGAGGUCUGUAUAUAUAGAAGUAUGUAAACCGUCAUAACAAAGAGAUAAUCCUAAUCCUAAUAGGAUAAGGAUAACUACAGCAACAAGGAUAA